AUGGCCGAGAUAAUGGAAGCUGAGGGUAUUCAAGAGAAACUGAGGAAUUUAACGCCAGAAAUGCAGGAUGCGUUCCUGCGAAUGGUGGAACUAUUAUACGAGCAGGAGAGCGCGAUGAUGCUCAAAUUUAUCGAAGAGAGCCGAGAUGAAAUGCACGAGACGGCCACCGAGAUACAGGAAGAUCAAGAAAGGUUACGCGCACAGUCGCGAGCAGCAACGGCAAGGGUGCAAUCUUCGCAUGAUCGUAAAGCAGUAAAGUCCUACCUCAAGCAAAGAGAUGGCCAAGUGGACAUUUUGUCUAAUCUGGACUCUUUCGAUGACGGGUUUGACGAGUAUCGCACAGGGAGCAGUGGGGGCUAUAGGAGUGCCAGCAGCGGGUACCGGUCUGGCUCCAGAGGGCACAGAAGGACCCAAACCGAGGAGCCCCAAUAUUCUACUGAAUACCAAAAACGCAAAGCAAAACAAGUCAAUCUCACUUCAUCUGGCGGUUUCUACGAGGUCGGCCCGCGGCGAAGUAAAUCUCCCGCCCCUAAUAUACAUUUGCCAGGUCGCGGUGGACAACAAGAGAAAAACAAACUUUUCACACCUCCCCCCAAGACGCCUAGCAGAGACAUCUUGACAAGUGCUUCAAGUAUCCAUAGAGUGCCAUCAGCUACAGAUAUAGAAAAAGAGAAAGAUGAAUUGUUCCGUAGUCUCCUUGGUGCUGACGCAAAAUUAGAAUCUGAACGGGAGAGGCAGGCUUCUCUCGUCCAGAAGAUAAAAGAGAAGAAAAAGGCAAAGAAAAUUGAAAAAGCAGAGAUAGUUAACGAAUUGCUAGAGCAAGCAUUGGUGCAUCAAGAAAAACACAAGAAAGACCGUGAAAGUCAGGAAAAUAAAUUCAAAGAGAGACUUUUGGAGAAAAAGAAGCGACGGGAAAAGUCAGCGCUUGAAGAUGACGAGGUGGAAGAUGCAGAGACUGAAAAGCAAAGAAAGAAAGAGAAGAAAAAGUUGGAAAGAUUGGAUUCAGUUGAAGUCAUAGACUUAGAUCAGGAUGAAACGAGAAAGAAAAAGAAAAACGAUAAAUCCGUAGCUAUACCAGAGGAGGAGGAAGGAGAAAGGAAAAAGAAAAAGAACAAAAAAAGUAAAAAGAAACAAGACAAGAAAGUACAAGAUGAAAACGAAUACUUAAAAGAAAAAGAAAAAAAGAAAAAAGAUAAAAACCAAGUGGAUCCAAUUGAAAUAGACAGUGACACUGAAUCAAAAGAGAAAAGGAAAAAAAGAAAAGAAAAAGAAAGACGAGAGGCAGAAGAAGCAGAAGAGCGACAAAAACAGAAAGAAAAGAAUAAGAAAAAGGAAAAAUACCAGGACGAGAUAAUAGACCUAGAGGACGACGAGGAAGAUAGAAAGAAAGAUAAGAAGAAAAGAACGAAACCAAAAGAUGAAGAAAUUAUAGAAGUUGAGGAUGAAGUUGUGGAAAAGGACAAGAAAAAGAAAAAGAAAGACAAAAACAAAAAUGACGAGGUUAUAAUUGAUAUAGGGGAUGAAGACACGGUAAAAGAAAAGAAGAAGAAAAAGAAAAUAUUAGGUUUUUAG